UUCGUAACUGAGAAAUCGUUACAAAAGGGAAAAAUACAAAUUUUGAAAGCAUGUCUUGGUUGUAACUUUCGUAACACUUUUGUGGAAACAUUACUUGACAGAGCACAGUCAGGAUGCGAAAUUUGUGAAGAUUUUUAUCAUUGUGUUAAAAACAAUAAAAGUGUGCCGAUGGUUAACAAAUGCCUGCCACAAUUACAAAAUGUGUGUAAUUCAGCUAAUGUCAGAAUUGCUAAAGUAAUCCGCCUUGAAAUGAAUUUAGUACCCGAGUUAUUACAGUCGGAUUCGAACCUAUAUGUUGUACACCUUAUGAGAGAUCCACGUGCUAUUUUGAGAUCCCGUUCAGAAAUUCGUGCAUAUAGCAUUUCGGAAUAUAAAAAUGUAGCAAAAAAACUCUGUUCACAAAUAUAUCAUAAUGCUAUAAAAAAUCUUGAACUUAAGAAAAUGCCACAGUUUAAAGAGAGAAUAAUGACACUUUUUUAUGAAAAUCUUAGCGAGAAUCCUAUUGCUGUUGCGAAGGAUAUGUACCAUUUCCUUCACAUUCCAUUUACAGAAAAUGUUCAAGAAUGGAUUCGCCAAAAUAUGCUAGGCAAAAAUGUGGACAAACGUACAUAUUCGGUUAAAGCACGAAACGCUAAAUUUCAUUCUCUGGAAUGGCGUUUAAAGAUGUCGUAUGAUUUCGUCAAAAAUGCGGAUGAAACAUGUUUAGAUGUGUAUAAACUGCUUGGGUAUAAAGCGGCCAGAGAUAUUAACCAUCUUCGGAAUAUUUCGGAGAGACUUUUUGAUAUAAAUCGUUUCUAAUGUUGAUUUUUAAAGAGCAAGGCCAUCACCAGACUUUAGUGCCUGGGGCUGCUUCAAAAUAAUCUGGGUGGGCACUAAUUAGUAAUAAUGCUAAAGUGGAGUUUUGAAAUUGUUAUAUGGACUGUUAGAUAUGUAAUUCGUCUGACGUUCCGUGUGUCUAUGUGGUUCGUCUGAGUUCAUUGUUUCAUUGUUGUUGUCUUGUGGGACUGUCGUAGUAAAAUGUCAUUGAGAUAUAUAUGGCGGACAUGACUUUUGUUUAUUCAUAAAGAACAUUGGGUGAGUGCGUUCUUUGUAUGUAAUUGAAUAAUAAAUGUAAUAAUUAAAUUUGUAUAA